CAUUCCAUUGCGAUUCUGCUGCUCACCUGUCAAUCGUCACUUUUUCCGCAGCGGGGUGGCUGGGCGUUGCUCGCCAAGCGAGGAUGGGAAAGGACGGGAAUGAGAAGGAAACGGACAGGCCUGGCCGGACCCCCGGAGAGAACGAGGGGCAGCUCCAGCCUCCAGCCUCCAGCUAGCACCAAAGGCCCGUCGGACGGCGGUGGGCAGACACAGAGCAGAGCACCUAAAAAGUAA